GAGUAAAUCCAAUGUCAGUGAACUUCACAGGAAAGAGGGGAAAAGACAGGACAAAAGAAAAAAUAAGGUGAGAAUGAGUUAGGUGGAGCUUAGGUGGUGAUGUAAUAAGCAUUUUAGUGUUAAUAUUAAACUAAGCUGACUGCUGCAAAAGAACAUCCCCAAGUCAAUCAGGAGAGGCAUUAUUAGCUAUUGUCAUCAGGCCUCCUCAAUCAAUGGCUGCCUCUGAUUCCAGUAGGUCUUCAUAUUCCGUGGAAAGUCAUGGAAUUGGGUCAAUUGAUCCUUGUUGUACGGAGAUCAUCGUGGUUCGUCAUGGCGAAACUGAUUGGAAUGUUAUUGGCAAAAUGCAGGGGCAGUUGGAUGUUGAAUUGAAUGAGAUUGGGAGGCAGCAAGCAGUUGCAGUUGCUGAGAGACUAUCAAAGGAGCCUAAUAUAUCUGCUAUUUAUUCUUCUGAUCUGAAAAGGGCACUUGUGACUGCAGAGGCGAUAGCAUCAAGAUGUGGUGGGCUUGAGGUUAUAAGAAAGAAAGGCCUGAGGGAAAGGCAUGUAGGAGAUCUGCAAGGACAUGUUUAUCAAGACAUAGCGAAGCUUAACCCUAAAGCUUAUGAAGCAUUUAAGUCUCACAGAUCAGAUCAAGAAAUUCCGGGUGGUGGUGAAAGUCGUGAUCAGCUUUAUAAUCGCUGUACGUCUUUGGUGCAGAGAAUUGGUGAAAACCAUAGAGGGCAACGAGUGAUUGUAGUCAGUCAUGGGGGUGCCAUAAGAACACUAUUUAAUCGGGCUGCAGCCAAAGGGAAGCAUCCAGAAAAAAUUUCUAAUACAUCAAUUGGCAUAAUUCAGCUGUCUGACGGAGACAUGUGGUCCAUCAAAUCAUGGAAUGAUGCCAGUCACCUCAAACAAUCUGAAUUUCUCGAAUCAGCUUUUGGUGGGGAUGCUUCUUCUGCCUAGCUAAUUAUCCAAUAUUUGUGCUCUGAGCCUCUGAUUUCGACAUCAUAUAGUGCAAGAAAUGCGUACUAAUUUUCAUCAAGAUAUGAUUUAGUUUUACCUUGGCAAUGUGUGUUACCAGGUAUUCUAAUUAAAAAAUUUCAAUUACGCCUGCUAUUUUGUAUGUGCUCCGAGUUGGUGUACAGUUUCAGUUUGUAACAUUUGAUAAAAAAUACUUUUUUUCAUAUAAUAAAAGUAAAUGUUUUUAUGA